CGAACCGGAUUACAAGUGAAUAGAAGCGAAAGGAGCGCAGAGCCGGAACGUACUCGGUACUGGCUGAAGACAGCACGGCGCUGUGAAUACACGUGGGACCCCCCGCCUCCUCUUUCACACGCACUGUAUACGUUCUGAGCAUACUACUGCCCUUUUGCUCAACUCGCACCGAAGAGUGUAAAGAAAAGAGGGUGGCCUCAUGAGUUCCCCGGGCGUAACGCAGGACACAGAACUGGACCUGAAAGAUGUUGAGCUGAGCGACUUGGACACCGAGAAACAGCCCAUAAACUCUGCCCUGGCCAGCUCCCCAGGCAGCAUGGGCGAGAAGAACGGGGUGGUGAAGGUGAAGGUGGCCGAGGAGGAGGAAGAGGGGGAGUUGGUGGCCAAGUUCACGGGCCUGUCCAAGGAAGAGCUGCUGCAGGUGGCGGGCACCCCCGGCUGGGUGCGCACCCGCUGGGUGCUCCUGAUCCUCUUCUGGCUGGGGUGGCUGGGCAUGCUGGCGGGCGCCAUCGUCAUCAUCGUCCAAGCCCCCCGCUGCAAGGAACUGCCCCAGCAGAAGUGGUGGCAGAAAGGGGGCAUCUAUCGCAUCCAGUCGGUGGAAAGCUUCCAAGACUCCAACGCAGAUGGCGAGGGGGAUCUACUAGGUCUGAAGCAGCGGAUGGAUUAUUUAAACUCUCUCAAGGUGAAAGGGUUGGUGAUCGGGCCACUCCACGUCAACCUCAAAGAUGACCUGGCUGGGACGAACCUUCAAGCCAUUGAUGCCAAAUUUGGCACAGCGGCAGAGUUCCAGGAAGUUCUUCAGGCUGCAAAGAAAAAGAGCCUCAAAGUAAUCUUGGACCUGACACCCAACUAUAAAAGCCAAUCCCCUUGGUUCAGUCCAGAGAUCUUUACGAGCAGUAACUUCCAGGACAAAAUGAAGGCAGCGAUAGACUUUUGGCUGAAGGAAGGCGUGUCUGGGAUCCAGAUUGGAAGCAUCGAGCAUGUACUCAAUGAGACACAGCUCCUGAUUGAGUGGAAGAACCUGACAGAGAAAUAUGGAGUUGAUGACAAUUCCAGGGUGCUGAUCGCAACAACGCACAAAUGGGACCCCCGUAGCAUUUUCUCCCUGAUCAACGAGACGGAUGCAGUGGACCUGCUAACCAGCCAGUAUUUGCUGGGGCUGGGCCAAGACGAGCAUGGCGACACCUCGGCCCGCUUGAUCGACACCUACAUCCAAGCUUCUGGGGAGAAGUGGCCCAGCUGGAGCGUGGGGAGACCUGACUUUGGGUUUGUGGGAGAACACCUUCUUCGCCUAUACCACAUGCUCAUCUACACGCUUCCGGGGACACCCUUCACUGAUUUUGGUGAUGAGAUCGGGCUGCGAGACCUGCCAGGGCAGCCUGCAGAGUCCACACUCGUUCGCAUGCAGUGGGACAACUCUGUAAACUUUGGGUUCUCCAAAGAUCCACAGUUAAGUAGAAGAGAGCAACAGCAGAGUGCCGCAGACAGCAAUGUCACUGUGCAGUCACAGACUGGAGACAAGUCUUCAGUCUUGAAGUUGUUCCGGGACUUGAGCGAGCUGCGUGGGAAAGAGCGCUCCCUUCUUCAUGGUGAUUUUUGGCUGGUCAGCACCCCUGACCCAAGAGUGUUUGCUUACCUACGUGUCUGGGAUCAGAACAGGCGCUACCUCGUGGUGCUCAAUUUUGACCUCCAACCCUCCACGGUCUCCCUCACACACCCUUUGUUGCCCUCAGAAGUGACAGUGGAGCUCAGCACCGUUCCACAUCGUGAGCUGAAACAGCAGCUCAGCUUAUCGAAGUUCACUUUGGCUCCCUCGGAAGGGCUGUUGCUCAGCUUCCCUUAUGUGGCCUAGUUUGGCUUCAAACACCUCCUGUUCUGGGGGAGGGGAACAGAAGGGGGUUCAGGCUGUUAUCCUUGACAGGGCAUUACUGAGACCUUAAAAGGAUAUUGCUUUGGCAACAUUCUCUCUGUCUGAACUUUUCUCCCCCCAUCCAUCUCUGUUUUGUACAUUCCUUGAAUGGCUAGUAUGUGGGGAAAGAGGCUCUCUAAUGUGUCACGCUAAAACUCCUGCUGAUAUGUGCUUGUGUGUGUGUGUGAUUGAGAGAGGUUAGGGAGGUCAGUGGAGGUCAUUUGGGGAUCAAUUCCUUGGUGAUUUUGGUGUGUAUUUUUGUCCCCAGCCCAGGGAGAGUGAUGAUAGCAGCUUGGUGUUUGUUCAGUUUUCGGGCUGCCCCUCCAGUUCUGGAAAUUUAUGGAAUAGGUUUUGCUGUCUGUAUGUGUGUAUUCCCCUCUUCCCCAAAACUGUUGGAGAGUGACAUGGAGUAACUUAAUAAACUUUUAUCUUUGCUUUUCUGA